GCGCGGGGCGCGGUGCACCACCGGCUACCCGCUCAGCCCGGCAUGGAGGAGCGCGGCGGUGCCGAGCCCACGCCGGGCUGCAGCGGCCUGGGCCCAGGCGGCGUUCGCGGCGGCGGCGCCCACUCAUGGGCCCCGGAGGACGCCUGGAUGGGCACUCACCCUAAGUAUUUAGAAAUGAUGGAAUUAGAUAUAGGAGAUGCCAGCCAAGUUUACAUAGCAUUCUUGGUUUACCUGGACCUCAUGGAGAGUAAAAGUUGGCAUGAAGUAAAUUGUGUGGGCUUACCAGAUCUGCAGCUCAUCUGCCUUGUCGGUACUGAGAUAGAAGGAGAAGGAUUACAGACUGUGGUGCCUACACCCAUCAGUGCUUCCCUCAGCCAUAACAGGAUAAGGGAGAUCUUGAAGGCAUCUCGAAAAUUGCAAGGUGAUCCAGAUUUGCCAAUGUCUUUUACUUUGGCCAUAGUGGAGUCCGAUUCCACAAUAGUCUAUUAUAAACUUACUGAUGGAUUUAUGCUGCCAGACCCUCAGAAUUUUUUCCUUAGAAAAUGACCCCUUUUCUUCCUGAUGCUUACUUUGGGAUUGGAUUUGAGAUCCGUCAACCUGAUUCAUCCUUUAUCUCAGAGAUAGUUAGGGUUGACUUAGUUGGUCCCAUUCCAUAAGUUUUUCUUUUUGAGGAAUAAAACUUUCCCAGAUAGAAGAAUUUUUUGUUGUUGUUCCUAGGUAUAGGAUAGUUGCUCUAGAACUUUCUUAUCUGGAGACAGUUUAAUUAUAGUUAUAUACAAAUUUAUGCUUAGGAUGUGUUCAGAGGGGUAGAACACAUGUGUUUCUUCUGUCUCCCCCACUCAUAGCUGCCUCACUGUUCAUUGCCGCCACUGCUUACACAUUGUUGAGACUGUCACCUUUUUCUUAUUCAAUGCACUUAGUGCCUUUUGGCCACUACAGCUAGCCUGGAAUGGCAUUUCAUGGACACCUUGACAUCUGGAGAGUUUGCUCAGUUUACUUUUAAAUCCCCAAGUUUUCUUCCAGUUGGUUUUUAUGUGGCAAUUACUGUUGACUUUAUACCAAAAGUAAAAAUAUGCUCAUUCCAACCGUAAAAGUACAUGUACAUGUGGAUUAAUAGGGACCAGAGAAGUGCCACCUAUGAAAGUACGGGGCCUUGCUUUCCAUUCUUAUUACCACUGCCAUUAUUGUAUCCUGGCUAGAAUGUUAGAGAGAUGGUGAGGGACAGUGCCAGCCCUAGAAACAUCUUUGUUAAGUAGACCCAGUUAUUCCACUUUUGUUUAAUACCUCCCAAUUAUGUUGCCUAGAGUAUACAAAAUUAUAUGCACAAAGAUAUUCUAAGCGGUAUUAGUUGUAAUAACCCAAAUUGUAAACCACUUAAAAGUUUAAGGCAGCGGUCAGCAAACUUUUACUGUAAAUGGCCAGAAGGGAAAUAUUUUAGGCUUUGCAAACCAUAUAGUCUCUCUUAAAACUUCUCAAAUGUGCUCUUUGUAGUACGAAAAUAACCAUAGACAGUAUGUAAGUAAAUGGGCAUGGCUGUGUUCCAAUAAAACUUUAUUUACAAAUGUAGAGCCAUAGUUUGCCAACCUCUGGUAUAGGGAAAUAGUCAUUAAACAGAUACAGAUAGCCAAUGUACCCAAUGAAUGGUACGUUAUGUACUCAUUAAACAUUAGUAAUGAAUAUAAUGAAAAACAUGAGAAAAUAUAUAAUUAAUGAAACAAGAUAUUGAAGUGUAUGAAUGGGUAGGACCAUGGAUGUAAAUAACACACCAAGCAUAUAAAGAAAGGGUGACAAAUUACUAACUGCACUUACAGUAGGGUGACAGAGCAAUAAAUGGAUGACUUUGUCUUCUGUUUUUCUUGUAUCACUUUUAUAAUAACAAUGUUUUAAAAUAAAAUAUCUUGAGAUCAA